UCCCAGGUGACAGGAGUUCCCGACGAGACAACAGUGGCUCAAACAUACAGACACCGAAUGACCAUAACCCCCAUCACUCAAAAUUCCACCAGUAAUAAAUGCAUCAAACCAACACCAGGCUAUGCCAUGAAAAAUUGCCCACAACAUACAUUUGUAUUAUAGCCGCUGCUCUACUGGCUAAAGCACCUCAGAACUCCCACCACACACCAUGUAUUCCGAAAUGCAUACCCAGGGGAAUCUCACUGGCAGCACAGACUCGCUGACUCCACCUACAAGUUAGUACGAACAUGCAAUGGCACCAGGCAACGACUUGAACUCCCCAUGCUAAGGAGCCUCCAUGCAACACCAAUGGUGUGGGCCCCCCAUCGAGCACCAGGUGCACUACUCAUUACGGCAUCCUGGUCGUUCACAGUCAUGUGCUCUGCAAUGGGCAGCCUGUGGGAAUGACAGCCACAAUGCGCACUCUUUGCUUCCUCACAGGGAUUUCAUGGCUGCAAAACUAAUUACUGGGAAGGAGGCUUCAUGUGCCCGCUUUUCUGUGGAUGGCUCGUUGCUUGCUGUCUCUGAUACAGCUGGCAUUGUGGAGGUUUACAGAGUAUCCACGGGUGAGCGACUUCAUGUGCUAGAUCCUGGGCCAGAAAGGGAAAAGCGACCGUGCACAGCCAUUCGCUUCCGGCCUAGCUCGGGAACGGAACUGACAAGGAACGUCCUCAUCUCCUGUGAUGCUUUUGGGGAAAUCAGGCACUGGCAUGCAACAUCCGGAAAAUGUUUGAACAGAAUUGUGGAGGAGGGAAACCAGAUCUACACAAUCGAGUAUCGAACCAACGGUCAGCAUUUUGCAACAGCAGGACGAGAUUGCACGGUGCGAGUAUAUGACGAAACCACACGCAAGCUGGCAUCAAAGUUGGUCGACGGGGAUGGACGAACAACAGCAGGUCACUCCAACCGUAUUUUUGCUGUCAAAUUCCAUCCAAACGAUGAGAAUGUGUUGCUGAGCAGCGGGUGGGACAAUACCAUCCAGAUCUGGGACAUCCGUUGCGGCUUUUCAGUUCGAAGCAUUUAUGGUCCGCACAUCUGCGGCGACUCCAUGGACAUUAGAGAUGAUGUUGUCCUGACAGGAUCAUGGCGAUCAUCCAAGCAACUACAGACAUCGUCCAAUGGGAAUGGACCGCCGAGUCCACCUUUCUCUCCGCCUAAGUCUCCUCAUUCUACUCCUUCCAAGUCUCCUUCUUUUUCGACGACUCCGGGCAAGACAAGUGAACCGGAAAAGCCAAAGAAGAAAGAGAAAGUGAAAAUGAAGUUGUCUUUUACGUUUAGUAAUAAGAAAGAUGAGAGUCUGCCUCUAUGGAUUGCCGAAAUCCAAACGUAUGUAAGUACCGCUCCGGUCGAACUGGAGUCCCAAGUGGCAUUCACCACCUCUUGCAUGGGAGGUGAGGCCAACCAAUGGGUGUUGGCCGAGGCUAACGUCGCGGGGUUUGAAGACAUCGGCGAGUGGGCAAAGACAUUAACCCUGAAACAGUUCUUGGCCAAGAUCAAGGACCAUUUCCUCGACAAGACAACAGCCAACGAAGCAUUUGACCAGCCAACGACGAUUGGUCAAAAGCAUUGGACGUUGGUCGAGGCUUUGUCCCGCGAAGUCGACCGAUUGCUGCAGGGUUCAAGAUUGAACCUGCAAGACAGCCAAGUGUUGUACAUCUACUCCCGCGCGUUACCUGAGCCUAUCCGGGGACACCUGGUUGCCGAAGCGAAGUCGGGUAAGUAUAACUAUAGGCAAUUUCGACACCUCGUUCUGGAAAGGGAGCAAAUGACUUCUCAAGUCAAAAACUCCUAUGCAACCGUAGUUAAGACUGGAGGAGGAGGAGGUGGGAGGACAUAUGAUAGCAAACGAGUUAUUUGGCGAGAAAAGCGCCAGGACCAGAUCCUUGUUGUCUUCGAUGAUGACACAAUGGAAAAGUGGCACAGGGAAGAUGGAAAUGGAAAGGAUAGCAACAAUGAAUCCGGGAAGGGGGAAGUCAUUGUUGCUGUGGCCACCAGGGGAGGGUCACCGAGAAAUUUUGUAAAGAAGAAACAACUCUCGUUUCCAGCACACCCUGACAUUGCCGAGGGGAAGCCUUGGUUGAAAGGAAUGGACCGUGAAACUUCAAGUUGGCAGGAGCGCAUGGAUAAUGCACAAUGUCUUAAAUGCGGCACACCAGGACAUAUGAUCGCAUAUUGCCCUUUGAUUAGAAACCCAAAAGCGAGCAGCCAGUAGAAGUAGCAUCUGCUCCUACUAAGAUUAAGGGUAAGGUUGAAGAGAAAGGUGAGGCGUCAACGAACCCUUCCUACUAUUUUUCUCAUAUGGCAGAGGAGGAUUCCCUAGCCCAUCAUCCACAUCGCCCUGACAUUGUCUUAUGUUCUGUCUCUCCGGAUGACUCCCUUGAUGAGCUAGGUAAUGAAUUGCGAGCCUUAUGUACCUCAUGGGCUCGAAAAGCAAAGUCUAAGAGCGAAUUGUUGUUUGCAGAUGUAGAAAUCGCACGAUCACGAGUAGGUGCGUUGUUGGACCCCGGAUCGACGAGGUCCUACAUAUCCGAGAAAGCAAUCCGCAAGUUGCAUAUCGGAAUGAAGGUAACAGACUUAU